AUGGACCUCGCCCCUCAAUGUUUUGUUGAAUUCUGGUCGUCUCUCUCAACCGAGGAAAAAUUGGAUGUCUUACGAGCUUGUGUCUUGCUAUAUGGUUUGACCAGCAGUACGAAAUUAAUUGUUCCUCGUGAAUUACAACUCCGCGGUACUCUGGCAACUAUACAUAGCCGAAGUUCCAUCGUCUAUUCUGGCUGCGGUACUGGGAAAACCCUGCUUAUGAUCUUGCCUGCUCUACUGCGCCCGAAGUCGGUUUCUAUGAUUAUCUCGCCAUUGAAACGGUUACAGUCAAACCAGGUAUCGGAUAUACAGGCCCUUGGCAUCCGUGCCAUAACCGUGAACGAAGACACCCCCAACGACAAAGGACUAUGGAAGGCCAUUGACGCAGGAACAUAUAAAGUUAUCAUUGUAUCUCCGGAGCAGCUCGGUUCCCACCAUGGACACCUCGCACGUUUUGCCGGCCUCAUGCAGAAGCAGCGAUUCGUCAAGAAGAUCUCCCAUGUCUACGUCGACGAAGCCCACCAUAUUUAUACCGCCGGCAUGAAGAAACACGGCGAACCAGCAUUUCGGCCUGCCUGGGGGGCUCUCGGUAAACUCACGGCCAUCCUUACUAAAGGCACUGCCAUUCAGAUGCUCUCGGCAACAUUGCCGAAACAUAUCUUGGAUGCCUGCCGUAGGACCUUUGCUAUGCCUCCGGAUAUGCCCCUCUUUCGAGGACCUCUGCUACGACCGAACCUGGCCUUUGCGACGAUGACACUCUCAGGCAACUUGCAAAACUUUCAUAACCUGGACUUUCUGAUUCCUGCUACCUAUGAUUCUCAACGUACUCUUGAUAAGACUAUCAUCUUCAUUGACGAUAGGCUCAUGACUGAUGCUCUGGCAACAUACAUCAACAAUAACUUACCUGGACCUUCGCGGAACUCUGGAAUUGCGAAGCACUAUCACGGCGGCGUGUCAGAACCAUACCUCAAACAAGUAUAUGACGACUUUGCGUCACCCAAUGGAACAUGUCGUAUCCUUGGCUUAGACGUUUGCGGCAUCCAUGUGGUAAUCCAAUAUGGACUCUGCGACAAUCUCGCGGAUAAACUGCAACGUGGUGGAAGGGCCGGGCGAGACGAUGACACGGAGGCACUAUUUUUGACUAUGACAGAACCUUGGGCUCUCAACGUCAAACUUCCUCAACUAGCACCCGGAUCACUCAUCUCUGACUGUGGCGACAAUGAAGACAUGGAUACACCAGCUUCACCAACAGCUGCAGGUAAGGAAGGACGGGUCGGGAAAGCUGUUAUUCGGUAUGUGCAGUCGAAGACGUGUCUCCGGGCAUUCUGGGCCGAAUACUUGGGCGAUACAUCUCCUAUUGCCCUGAACUACUCGAAAAAAUACUGCUGCGACCGACACGACGACAACGAGUUCGACCUCUCAAGGUUUGUUCCGGGAGAAGUAUGGGCACCCUCAAAGGUGACCAAAGGCAAUGCAAAACGCAAGAGGUCACCCAAGCUUCGUAGGAAGGACGAGCGGCCUUUGCUUGAAGAUGACCUCCGAAAAUGGCGAAGAGACAUUUACAAGACCAUGGACUUCGUAUUUGGCCCACCUAGCGACAUCCUCACGGAUGAUGGCAUCAAGACUCUCAGCAAGACACUUCCCCAGAGUCUCCGGUAUCCUGCUGACAUUGUCGCAAUUUUGGCCGAGGCUGCCGACUGGGCGCAGACAUGGAGCAAGCUCGUUUUCGAUGUGAUCAUAGCUUUUGACUCCGAGCAAAGACGGGCCAAACGAAUCACUCUGCAAGACAAAGAAAAUGAAGUUUCAAGUGACGAGGAGCCUCUUUCCAAGAUGAUCCACAGAACCGGUGGAGGACGAGUUCAACAAGGGACAUCAGAGACGGUAUUAGUUGACAUGAACAAUAGCUGUACAUAG